UCAUACUGUUUGUGAAUGAAAUUGUAUAUGGAAAAGGUGAAUAUGUGAAUCAUUUAUUAAAUCGUGAUCCAGGAGGCACAACAAAGGGUUCAACGCUGACGCCCACAUAGCCACCACCAUCGCCUCCUCCUCCGCCGAUUAAAAUUAAUCUAAUCUCGACGAAGCAGCGACUGCGCUGCCGCAACUAAAUUUUUAACUACCGGCGGGUCGACGACGUCUCAAUCAGUAAACACUCGCCCGAAGACGCCGCCGGACGUCCCAAUCCAGAGAUCCCACCCAGCAGUCCGCCGAACAAACACCCAGAAUGGUGGCCCCCUCGAAACUCAGCCAGGUGCUGAGCUACCAGAACUUCGUUCAUGCCGUCUCCGGAGCCGCGGGUGGCUGCAUCGCCAUGAGCACCUUCUAUCCACUGGACACUGUGCGUUCCCGCCUGCAACUGGAGGAGACUGGUGAGGUGCGGAGUACCAAGCAGGUGAUCAAGGAGAUUGUGCUGGGCGAGGGAUUCCAGUCGUUGUACCGGGGACUUGGUCCUGUUCUCCAGAGCCUGUGCAUUUCGAACUUUGUCUACUUCUACACAUUCCACGCCCUCAAGGCGGUGGCUUCGGGUGGAUCCCCCAAGCAGCACAGUGCCCUCAAGGAUCUGUUCCUGGGCAGCAUAGCGGGCAUCAUCAAUGUGCUGACCACCACACCAUUCUGGGUGGUCAACACCCGGUUGCGUAUGCGCAAUGUGGCUGGCACAUCGGACGAGGUGAACAAGCACUACAAGAACUUGCUGGAGGGUCUCAAGUAUGUGGCCCAGAAGGAGGGCAUCGCUGGCCUGUGGUCCGGCACGAUUCCCUCGCUGAUGCUGGUCUCCAAUCCCGCCCUGCAGUUCAUGAUGUACGAGAUGCUGAAGCGGAACAUAAUGCGCUUCACCGGCGGCGAGAUGGGCAGCCUGAGUUUCUUCUUCAUUGGUGCCAUUGCCAAGGCCUUCGCCACGGUGCUCACCUAUCCGCUGCAGUUGGUCCAGACCAAGCAGCGCCAUCGCAGCAAGGAGUCGGACUCGAAGCCCUCCACUUCGGCGGGAUCUCAGCCGCGGACGGAGAGCACGCUGGAGCUGAUGGUCAGCAUACUGCAGCACCAGGGCAUCCGUGGUCUGUUCCGCGGCCUGGAGGCCAAGAUCCUGCAGACCGUGCUCACCGCCGCCCUGAUGUUCAUGGCCUACGAGAAGAUAGCCAGCACCGUGGUCAUGCUGCUCAAGCGCAACUAAAAAACCGAGGCUCUAGUCUACACCUAGUCUUACUCAACUAACUACCCAUAGGCUAAGCUAUCACACAAAAACAGACACAAUCUGACUUAGGAUAUGGCCAGCAGAACAGACUCUACUCCAAAGUUUAGCCGCUAAGCGUCAAUGGAUUAAAGAAACGAUUUAAAUUUUUAAAGAAAGAGAAUAAUAA